AUGAACAGGUUAGUAUUGUGAGGUAGGGUCCGGGUGUAAAGGUGACUGUGAGGUGACACUGUAGAAAACUGGGGACGAGGGCAGGAGGAAUAGGGCCAUUCCCUCACAAACAGGGACUCUGGGGCAGCCAUGUCCUACUUCGUGUCUCCACAAAGUCAUCUGGGUCUUCUGCCUUCUGGCCAAGGUGGGGCUGCUUCUUCAGGUUCGUCCCUUGGCCUCUAUAGUCCUGCAGAGCCAGUGGUGGUGGCACCUGGUGGAUUAGGACCACUGAGCCAGAAAGCUGAGCAGGUGGCACCUGCUGCCCAGGCCUGGGGCCCCACCUUGGCAGUGCCUGAAGCCAGGGGCUGCUCUGGGGGUGUUAGCUGGGAGAUUCCUCGGAGAAAGGAACACAACCGAUAUUGCCCCAAAUUGCCCCCCAUGAGGCCGCUGGAGAGCCUGGGCUGGGCAGACCCCUGCUCCAGAAGCAGAGCUCCCUAUCUCGGUGGCCCUAGCAGGCCCCGGCACCUGCUGCUGUGUGGGCUGUCACCUGGGGUUCUGCCAAUAUCCUCCGAGGCAGGGGGGAAGGAGGCCGGCUCCCAACCAGAUAUCUGCAUCCUGACCCUGGCCAUGAUGAUCGCUGGCAUACCUACCGUGCCUGUGCCAGGCCUGCGGGAAGAGGACCUGAUCCGGGCGGCUCAAGCUUUCAUGAUGGCCCAUCCAGAGCCAGAGGGAGCUGUGGAGGGGGUGCAGUGGGAGCAGGCACACGCCCACACCCACAUGGCUUCUGGACAGAUGCCUUUAGUGAGAUCCAGGAGGGGUUCCUGCUUGUAGUCAGAUGAAAUAGCAUGAGAUAC